AUGGCUGGAAUGAGCAGAAACAUUGCCAACAAAAAUCAUCUUCCAACAAAUUCUUUAAAUAAUUCUGUUCAUCUUGAAAGCAAUUCUAUUCACAACGAUGAAACAAUUUCUUUUUUAAAUUUAAAUUCUGAAGAUGAUAUUAAUUCGUUUCUAGAAUUGACUCAAGAUAUAAGAAGGAAAAUGAAGGAAAUGAGUGAAUGUCUGAAAGGAAUUAGAGAAUUACAUUGUCGGAUAUUAAAUGAACCUGGUGCUCAUUCAACGUUAACAACAGAAUUUAAUAUCAAAGUUGAAAAUUUUGUAAUUUUAUCUCGAGAUGUUUGGAAUAUUGUGAAAAGAAUGCAAGCAGAAAAUGAUAAAUUAAGUUCUUCAAAUAAAAUAACGAUGGCUAAUUUAAUGAUUAGAAGGAAUCAAGAGAUGACUUUACGUCAAGGAAUAUUAAAAUUAACUGGGGAAUUUCAUAAAGAACAAAUGGACUAUAAAGAAAAGUGUAGAUCGAGAAUCAAAAAUUAUUUAAAAAUUUCUGGUCUACAUAUGACAGAAGAAGAAAUGGACGAGUCUAUUGAAGGAGGAAAUUUAUUUAAUACAGUUUCUAUAAUGACAGCAGAAAAAGAUAAAAAGCUUUUGUUUGAGGAUGUUAAAUCUCGCCAUGAAGAUAUUAUCAAAUUGGAAGGGUCGAUUAGAGAAUUACAUGAAAUGUUUCAAGAUUUGGCAAUGCUUGUGGAGAGUCAGGGUGAAAUGGCAGAUCAUAUUGAAACGAAUGUUAUUUGUGCAAAGGACCUUGCAUUUAAAGCUUUGGAUAAUGUUAAAGGAGCAGAGGCUGCAAAGAGGAGGAAUAUAAAGUUAAAAAUCGCCUUAGCUAUUUGUAUUGUUGUUGGCAUCAUUUUUAUUUUCUUUAUGGGAACGACUGUUUUUUGUGUCUACUUUCCAUUUGUUUGUCGUUAAUUUUAUUUUUUUAAUUUAUGAUUAUAUAUUGUGCCUUAAAUACUGCUCAAAAAUCGGCAUUUCUAUUUUAUUAG